AAUUUUUCAAAAUUAACAAUUGAAAACAACCAAACCCUAGAAGACAGAAAACACAAAUCGGUGAUCCGAGAGUUUAACAAACAUCAAUUCACCUUCAAAACAGCUUACCAAUACAAAUUAUUCUCCCAAUUUGAAGAAAAAGGUUUUAGUUGACCUAUUCGCUAGUUUAACUAUACCAUGAGGUUCAAGAAGGGUAGCAAACUGGAGGUUAUGAACAAGGAGGUGCCUGCAUCAUGGCAUGUUGCAGAAAUCGUUUCUGAAAAUGAACAUGCUUACAAUGUGAGAUAUGAUGGUUGCCAAGGUGUGGAAAAGGUAUCUAGGAAGUUCAUCAGGCCUUGCCCUCCUGCAAACGGUUCAAAGAGGUUGGUGAGUGGUGAUAUUGUGGAAGUGUUUGAUAAGAAUUCCUGGAAAAUAGCAACUGUAUCAAAAGUUUUACGGGGGGGUCGCCUUUUGGUGAGGCCACAUGGGUUCACCCAUGAAAUGAGCGUCAAUAAAAAGAACAUCAGGGCAAGACAGUCCUGCCGUGAUGAUCAGUGGAUUCCAGUUGGGAAGAUAUCUGGAAGCUAUGAAGAUUUGAAAUUUGGGAAGGCAAUUGAACCAAAUUGUUCUGUGAAGAUGGACAUCCAGGCGCUGCUAGCUGGUUCAAAGAUCUGUCAGGAAGAGGAUGAUUGCUUACCUGUCUACAUUGAUGCUAGAUUACAGGAAUCUUAUGCUGUAUCUAAGAAGCUGAAGAGAACUUCCCCCUUUUCCUCAUCUCUUCUUGAAGGUCCUAGGAAAGCCAAGAAAUUCAAAGCUGCUGAGAAAGGUUGCAGUCAGAGACAUGUUUCAGGACAUUCAUUCAAUCAGGUAGAUGCUUUUGCUUAUCCAGGAGAUACUCUGGGUAACAAAUACGUGCAAGCCUCCUCUAACAAUAGUUUAAAUGGUUAUUGUGAAAUGGAGAAAAGAAAAACAAAUGGUGUUGGCUGUACACUUGCAAGAAUAUCAGAAUCUAAUGACUCUGAUACUGACCUGUGCUCUGUGGGUAGUUGUAGUGUUCCUAGUGACGGUCAUAAGUUGUCUAGUCCUUAUGAUGCAGUUACUUGUCAAGGAACAGAUAUUCUUUCUAGUGAUGGGGAGUCUUUUAAUACUUCACGGGAUGAGGAGGGAAAGUGCUCCCCUCCUGAACAGGAAGUAGCAGUGAGUAUUCAUAGGUUAGAGUUGCAUGCUUAUCGUUCCACUUUGGAGGCACUAUAUGCUUCUGGCCCACUAAGUUGGGAAAAAGAAGCAUUAUUGACCAACCUUCGUAUUAACCUCCAUAUUUCAAAUGAUGAACAUUUGACAGAGCUAAGGCAUUUAAUAUCUUCUGGAGCUGGUAUUCUUGAUUGACAGUGAAUUGACUGUUUUCUUUCUUUACCUUUUCUUUUCCCCCCUUUUAAGAUUAGGAUGUUCUUGUACAAUUCCAAUAACAUUGUAAGAAGUAAUAUGAGGUAUUAGAUGUAGUAGCUUCCUCUGCCAAAUCUCUGCAGCUGCCUCGAAUUUUCGAUUUUGUAUUUAGUAAUGCAAUGUAUCUAAGCUUUUAUGAGAUGAAAUCAAGCUCCAUCUUGUUUUUCAUUAUUUUGUACAUCAUAAACUAUUGUCCAAUUUUAUGAUAAAUAUCUUGAACGUCCAUUCAGCUA